AUGUCCGUGUUUUUUUUCAAAGGUGUAGCCCUUUUUACACCCCUAGUCCUAUUUGUGAUGGGUGCAAUGGGCACCUUCCUGAACAGACGAAACCUAAUCAUUAUGUUGUUAUGCAUUGAGCUCAUGUUGUUAGCGGCUAAUUUGGUUUUUUUGACCGCGUCUGUGGCUUUAGACGACAUCAAUGGUCAGCUGCUGGCUCUUUGGGUGAUGACGGCAGCCGCUGCCGAGACAGCACUGGGUCUGGCCCUGUGUGUUUUGCAUUAUCGACUACGCGCGACUCUAGAUGUGGAGUUAAUCAAUCUGAUGAAGGGUUCACAACAAAACCACGCAUCUUAG